UGGGUGUGUGGGUGGGUGUUACUGCCGCCGUCGGUACCGUUGUGGUGACGAAAUUGCUGGUGAUGGUGUAAAGUGUGUGAGCGUGGCCAUAGUUGCUAAGGUGGUAACACACGCAUAUAGACCAUAAGAGAAUGAUAAAACAACAAUAAGAAUAAUAACGAAUAAAUGUUGCAAAUAUUGGCCAAGUGGGGUAUCAGCAAUGAGUGAUUGAUUGGCUUACGUCGUCAAACCGAAGCCUGAAGUAGUGUGUUAUUAAAAUAGAAAACAACAUAAGAAAAAAAACAAUAAACCGUAUAGAAAAAAUAAUAUAAGACAUUUUAAAUCGUGCAGGAGACACUAGACACCCCAUCAAGAAACUACGAGACGCAAACAUUUACAUAAGGUGGUGAGGCAGAAUUAUACAAAUGGAAUAAUUUUAGAACUGUCUUUGCAUAACCUUAAGUGGAAAAUCAUGUGCGAGUCAGAGGUUCACGGUCUCCCAGGCUCCGGAGGCUCCCCGAGUGUCGAGAGGCUCAAUGCUCCUAGUCCUGAUAGAGAGGAACCUACGGAGAGCCCAAGAGACUCCCUGGUAACGAAAGAGUCUGAAGCGGCGCAACAAGAUCCCGAAACCCCGGCAGGAGAUGCCUUAGAGACCCCUGGAGCCUCAGAGGACGACUCGAAGCUCGAUCAAGUCUCCACCGGCAGCAGAGAUUCUGCAGGAGUCACGCCAGCGUCGUCAAAGGAGUCCAUAGUCAAGAAGAACUCAGACGACGAAGAAGGGAUCGAUCCCUUCAGCGUCAAGACAAGCGACACCAUAGAUGCUCUUCUUCCCGGCAAACCUGCCGACAGGAGAGGAUCUAAAACAGUAAACUUCAAGGACCCCGAAGUAGAGGAAACACCUAUCCAGAAUGGGAAGGAAACGGUGACCUCCUCCCCUUCCUCUACGUUGUCAAGGUCUUCGAAGGACGGCAGUGACCUUCUGGAGGAGGAAGGAACGUCUGAGAAGCAACUCAAUAAACACAGGGCGUUGGGGGAAGGCAACCCUGUCUAUCGACUCUCCAUGAAGCUCUCACCUAACUUGUUCAAUAUGACGGAUAUCCCAGGAGCCAGCCAACAUCGGGAGGCGGAGAAGGCGGGUUACCUGACGAAGCUGAGCGGCAGGAGCUUCCCUUACAUCCCUCAGUGGAAGCGUAGGUACUGCGUCCUGGCCAAGGGAAGACUCUACUACUACGAGAGAGAAGACAGCAAGGCGGGAGAGAAGACAAACGGUGUCAUCAACCUCGAGUAUUUUGACCACGUGGCAGAAGCGGGGCCAAAAGACUGCAAGAAGGCCACCAAUGUCUUCAUCAUCACCUCACAAGACCGGAGCUUCUUUGAUCCCGGUCGUCACCUGUUCUCGGCAGACACACUGCCGGACAUGAAAGACUGGAUCAGGAGGCUACACUCAGCUCUUGAACAAAUACGAAACAACAAUCGACCUGCGACUUCGACGACCUCGUCCUCCACAAAGGAAUCCGGGAAGAGGAGGAAAGAGGAAAACCAAGAUAAUAAAGAAAAAGGACAGAAUAAGGAGAAUCUACACGGGUCCACUAAAGAGAAAAAGAAGAAGAAAACGGAAGAAUCUCAUCGCUCUCGUAAACCAGGCGUGUCCUCCGAGACACAGACCCCAAUGGGUGAGGUAACACCAAUGAAGUCAGAAGAGGAGGCGGAGCUAAAAACGAUGACGUCACCAAGGGGAGGCGUGCAAUUGCCAGGUCUGAUGUCAUACAAGGGCUUUCAGCUGCCUGGAAUGUCAGCAAAGAAAGAGCCGGAGGCAAAGAAAGAGCCGCAGCCUCCGGCGGAACUGACGAAGAGUACGGAAGGAAGUGAAGACCUUCCUCAAGCUGGUCCUAUCCUCCCCUGCGUCACCAAAUUGAGGGUGAAGGGGCCGCAAGGUCGUCGUGCCCCACAGAGCCAACGUCGAAUCACCGCUGCAGCCCUGAAGAAGCGAGCCAGCUCCCUCUCUGCACUGGAGUAUCAAGACAUCAACGACAACAGUGACGCGCCGUGGCUGAACCGGUCACUGGAUGUGCUGGAUGACGGAGUUGACGGAGGGACGGGAGCAACUGCCGGGAAGGAGGGCCGGCCAGCCCGCCCCUACAAGGCCUACAACUACUCUUCAGAUGAUGAGGAACAUGACGACGAUGGCGACAACUCCCACUCGGACUCCUUCCCCACGUCAGCCUCGGGGAUGCCGCCUCCGCCCCUGCCCCCCCGCUCCGCCUCCUACGGUCUAGAAUUGCGUCAGAACCCUGCUAUGGGUCUAGCGGGGCGCCAGGUCCUACAUAGCUCCCUGGGGGAUGCUCGGGGCUCUCAAGGGGACCUUGGGGGCUCGAAACGCUCACUGGGGGAUGGACGGAUGUAUGGUCUGGUUGGGGAGUGGCACGGAUCGCCUGGGGAGGAGUGGGGAGGCUCCAGGUGUUCUCUCAGACUUAAUGGAGAUGUGGCUGGCAGAGCCUCGCCAGCUAUGGAUGACCUGGAGAACAUGUUGAUGAACCAAAGUAUCCAGCACACCAGCGCCAUCAUGGACUCCACCAGUGACGUCGGUAGUGAAGGCAGCACAUGCCGCGCCGCUGAACAUCCUCGCCCCCAAUACCGCAAACAGCAACAACAGCAGCAGCACCCACAGCAGCAGCAGGGACGCAAGAAGUCCCAUGAUCUUAGCCGCUUCGGCACCGCCGUGCGCCACCUGCAGCGACAUGUCGUAGAGGUUGACCGAGCUGUGUUCAACAUUACAAGCGACAUUGCAGACACGCGGCGAGAGGUCACCACGCUGAAGGAGGCGGUGCUGGCACUGCAGGUGGAUACUGAUACCAUCACAUCUACGCUCUCAAACCUAACUCAAGAGGCCAUCACAGCCCAGGAGAAGAUCACCUUCGCUGCCAAGAUCAAAGCAGACACUAUGUCACCGGUGAAAGAAGCCGAGAAGGUGCAACACGCAGCUAACUUGGCCUUGAGAGAGGCGGAGAGAGCAAGACAAGAGCAGCUGAAGAGCAAGAAGGAAUACGAGGAGCUCGUGGCGGAAGUGAGAGCUGUCCUGAAGAGCAUCAAAGACUCUCACGUCACCACAGCAGAUCCUCAAACUCAGUCUAAAGCUCACAGUCAACCUCAGAUGAAGACUCACGCCAGUAGCAGUAGUGUUAGUGGUGGUACAAGUGCUGCGAGCCGGAGCACGAAAGCGCUUGACCAAGGCCACAAAACUCAAGGAACUUCUACUGGAAAGUCGAGUCAAGAGCACAAGAGCUUAAAAACUGCGGAAAAGGGUGUAGGUCAAGAUUAUAGCGUAACUUAUUCACCUAAGGGCGGUAGAGCGAACUCUUAUUCGAUAACUUCAGCAGUUAAUUUGAAAACCUCUAGUGGUAGUUCUCCGAGUUCCCCGAGCACGACGGUGGCGGGUACUAAGUCCUCAACAACUACACAGGCAGCCAACACACCGAAGACAACAGGUUAUCAAUCUCUCUUUGCCAAACCCUCAAGCAUCAUAUCAGGACUAACUAACAGACAUUCCCUCACUAAGUCUGUCUCAUUUGCUGAUCAAAAAGAUAAAGAAAAAGAUAAAGCAAAGGCUGAAGGUACAGACGCCAAGACGUCCAGUUUAGAAAAUAAGAAAAAAAAAGAAAAACAUCAAAGCUCUCAGGAAAGAAAGGAGAAAAAGGAUGACAAACACCAAACUACAUUAGAGAGGAAAGACAAGAAGGAUUCCAAACAACACAAGGAUGAUAAGAAACACAGUAGUGCAGACACUAGCAAUACUGAGAAAAAGAAGAAAGAAAAAAAUGAGAGCUUGGAGAGAAAAGACACAAGUAGUAUAGACAGAAGGGAGCGGAGGGCGAAAUACGAGGGUAAGAAGAGUAGCCCAUGGGAAGUGAAAGACUCAGGUCAUCUGAUAUCACAGAUAUCCCUGGAAGACAUUCCUAUGGCAGAUGAUAAUAGCCACGAAUUACUGGAUCGAUCGUCAGUGUCCAGAGCUGAAGCUGCUACUGCGGUCACCCAGAAAUCAUCGAUUGACAAUACGAUGAAACCAUCCUUGAAUUUUUCACUGGGUAAGUCGUCCUCGUCACCGACUGUCUCUUACGUUCCUCCAAUGAGUCGUCCUCGAGCGCUACCGCUGAGCAAUGACCGCCAGCGCAGUGAACACUCGAUUUCCAACGCCUCGUCGCCAGAGUCACCAAUAACACCCAGUCCUUUCCCUCGUCCAUCCUCGGCUCUCCCUACGUUAGAAGAAUCUCCGACGAACUUUGAGGCUGAGCUAGUUUCCUUGUUGCAUCGGGCUGGUUCGACACCUGGCCCUCUGGCCCGCCAGGGAUCCAUGACCACUGUCCCGGAAGACAGUGUCAUAGUCGGUCCACCGCCAUCAAAACGACCAGGAGUAUUUGCCAUCAGUCGCCAAAAUUCAUCUCCAAAUAUUUCGUUGCAGCGGCAAAACUCGGGGCCGAUCUUCCCAUUACAACGACAACACUCCCUCGGGAUUGUGCCUGAAGAAAGUCGUCUGCCGCGCCAGGAGUCUCUCAUGUCGGUGCCUGAAGAGAGGCCUAUUGUGGAUCAGACACUGCCUUUGUCUCCCUCGCAGUCCAUGACACAUUUCCCUUUGUCACACGCCCUGUCCUCACCAACAGUGAGUGAGUCUACUCGACGCGCGGCGCGGGAGUCCAUGGAGCUGGUGACAGGGCCGGUGUUGGCUGGGUCAUCGAUGCAGGAAGCAGCAGCCACGGGGACGCUGCCUGUACUCAACCUAUCCGAGGAAGACGACCAACCCUCCGCCACAUCCACACUAAAGAAGGAUCAAAAACCACCUACAAGCGUGGUUGGAAUCCUUGUGUGAUGAACAAAAGGGUGUUAAAUCAUCAAGCUAUUACCGUCAGUGAACAAUGUGCCAUUGUGCCAUACGACUUGAGCCAAAUAUUCUAUGAACAACAAUAAGUACCUCACAGCCUUAGAGAAUCAUGGGACGCCACUUCUCCUCAUCUUUCAUGGGAUGGAUGACUAACUGCACCACAUAAAUGACCCACGUGCUGUCUCUUCACACCACUAUGAUUAUUCCAUAAAUGUGUGGACGUUCCAGGAGAACUGUGUUAUAUAGGAUUUUUUUUUCUAACUCUUUACAUUAAUUCCAGUUUGAUGUUUCUUCUUCUACGACAUAAACAUGAUAAGGUACGAUAAGUCGAAGAGCUUCCUGUAUUAUAUUCUUAUAACAGUGACCUGAAGCUUUUGCCUUCGUGUAGCUGUUCUCCGACAAGAACAGUUUAUAAAGUUUCUCACGUCUCUUUCUGCCAGUACUACUACCAUCACAAUCUUAUUUCUUCAUUGGAUAAAAAAUUGAAGUCUCGUUACUUUUUCUGUAAGCCUGUUAUGUCUUCUUCACACAUUAUCUCUAUGAAGUGAAGUGUUGUGACCCAUUAAUGUAUUUAUGUGUCCAACCUAUAUACCUAUAAAAUUAACUGAGAAUGA